GCGAGGCGCCAUUAGUUAUAAGCGCAUCUUCCGACUCUCUCCCGGAAUUACCUUUUCUUAAGAAAAGCUCUAAAUCGAAACACCAGCACACUUUCAGUCAGCGUGUCAAUUGCAUCACGUGACAGCCCCUCCACCUGCAAGGCUUCUACGCCUCUGCACCUGGUACGUACCCAGGGGACCUCUCCUGCAACACCACCACCAAACUCUGGUCGUCAAUUCGCGAUUCUCGAACCCGACCAAGCUCGCUCCGCUCGCCAACAUGGCCGCACAGGACGGACCAAAGCUCCUCUGGAACCCAGAAAACGUCAAGGAUGUCGCCGAAUCGAUAGGAAUCUCUCUGGCCGACGAGCCGCUGCGGCUGCUGACGCAGGAUGUCGAAUUCCGCAUCGGGCAGGUCCUCGUCGAAGCGCUCCGCUUCAUGCGCGCCGCCUGCCGCACCACCCUCACCGUGCAGGACGUUUCGCAAGCCCUCAAGGUCCUCGACGUCGAGCCGCUCUAUGGCUAUGAGUCCACCCGACCGCUGCGCUACGGCGAGGCCAGCAUCGGCUCCAACCAAUCCCUCUUCUACAUUGACGACGAGGAGAUCGACUUUGAGAAGUUGAUCAAUGCGCCCUUGCCCAAGGUGCCGCGGGACAUGAGCUUCACUGCGCACUGGCUUGCCGUCGAAGGCGUCCAACCUUCCAUCCCCCAGAACCCCACCACCGCCGAGACAUCAUCCAAAGAGCUCCUCCCCAAGGGACCCGGCGCACACCCCGCGCUUGCCGCCCUCGCCGGAAACGAUAACGUCUCCUUCCGGCCCUCGGUCAAGCACGUCAUCAGCAAGGAGCUAAUUCUAUACUUCGACAAGAUCCAAGCCGCCAUCCUCGACGACGAUCCCGACGAGGAGAAGACGCGCCUGCGCGAGGCGGCGCUCGAGUCGGUGCGCUCGGAUCCCGGCCUGCACCAGCUCCUCCCAUACUUUGUGAACUUCAUCACGAACCAGGUCACGCACCGCCUCGACGACCUGUUCGUGCUGCGCCAGAUGAUGGAGCUGGCCGAGGCGCUGAUCCAGAACCCCAACACCUUCGUCGAGUUCUACGCUAGCGCGCUGUCGGCGCCCGUGCUGACGUGCCUCAUGUCGCGCAAGCUGGGCGCCACCGAGGAGGGCACCGACAGCGUCCGCGACCAGUACCAGCUGCGCGAGCUGUCGGCCAGCCUGCUGGGGACCAUCGCCAAGAAGUACAGCAAGGCCAACGCGCUGCUCCGCCCUAAGCUGACACGCACCUGCCUGAAGAACUUCCUGGACCCGUCGCGCUCGCCCGCCGUCCUGUACGGCGCUAUCAGCGGUCUGGCCGCGGCCGGCGGCCUAGAGGCGGUGCGCGUGCUCGUGCUGCCCAACCUCAAGAGCUUCGACGCCGCGAUCCUGCAGCCCUUGUUCGAGAAGGGCGAGGGAAGCUCGCUGGAGUACGAGACCUUGGUGGGCGGCAUUAUCAAGGCCGUCCAGACACUAGUCGGUGGGUUGGAUGUGGUGUCGAACGGGGUGAACGGUGUCGACCUCUCGCGGGAGGCCGAGCAGGUGACAGACUUCCUGGGGCCGACAAUUGGGCGGAGGAUCGCGCGACUGGCCCACCACAGCCUCAACCGAGCGAUCCUCGAGGUCAGGCAUCUCGAAUAGCACUCGUGAUCCUCUCGCAGCUCUCGGAUUGGGAAGCAGGUUUAACAUGGAUCUUGGGGGUCAGCGCGGCGUUUAGGCAGUUUUUGCAGAGUGAUUUCCCCUCCAGGCGUUCUAGGCAUGGCCGGAGAAGACGCUACAUUGAAGUCACCUUUAGGUGGGCUGGUUAAACAGCACGUUUACCAAUGAAUUUACAAUAUCUAAACGGGGCACGCCGCCUCCGUCUGUCGUGGCAAUGGAGACGGAACGGGAGUGACAUAGUGCGCCGCCGUUAAGCCUCCCUCCCAAACAUGUGCAGUGCUGUAGAAUAUAUAUCGUGACACUCGAUUUUCUCGCCAGCCUCUACAACCACCCCCCC